AUGUCAGACCAUAUCCCUUUUCAUAUCCAGCAGGAAAUCCUCAAGCGGCUUCCUGUAAAAUCAUUGAUUGAGUUCAGAUCCGUCUCAAAAGCAUGGAAGUCUUUGAUCGAUAGCUCGGACUUUAUUACUGCUCACAGCCUCCUGCAUGCUCAGCCGCAGCAUCUGCUUCUAAGGCACCGAGAUUGGCAUCAUCCACUGAAGAAAAUCUAUGUUUCUUUACUCAAUGAAGCCACUUUCCCCCAACUGAGGAUUGUUCAAACUUGUCCCCGCUCCAUUAGACGAUUUGAUUUUCCAAAAAUAAUCGGUAGCUCUCACGGUUUGUUAUGUGUGCACGAUAGUUAUUCGGAGGUUGUUGUUUGGAAUCCCUCGAUUAGAAAAUCGAUUGCAAUUCAGUUGCCUUCUAUGACAUAUGACAGAUUUUUAUUUUUUCUUUGUUUCGGGGUAUGUCCAGUCACUCUUGAUCCCAAGAUUAUCAAGAUUACACAAUUUGGUCAGUGGUGUGAAAAGAAAAGAAAAAUUAGCAAAUACUGGAAAGUUAUUGUUUAUACUUUCAGCUCAGGGGAAUGGAGAAAACUUUCUUACAACAAAGAGCGUAGGAAAUCAGUUUUACAUAAACAUACAGGGCCUCAGGUAAUAAUUGAUAGGUUUAUCUAUUGGUCUGCAUUAUACCCCCCGAGACCACAGUAUCGUAAUCUGAUAAUGUCAUUUGAUCUGACUAAUGAGAGUUUUGAAGUCAUAGACCUCCCACAUAAUUUAGCAUGCCAUCCUCACAAUCAGUUGUCCAUUUCUAAGCUGGGGGAGUCUCUUGUCAUUCUUGAAUCAAGUAAAAACAGCGACAACAAAUUAGUGUUUGUUGUAUGGAAGAUGGAGCAUAAUGUUCAAAGAUCAUUUACAAAGCUAUUCACCAUUGAGGCACAACAUGAAUCAAUUGCGAAGGUAUUGGGAUUUAGGGAGAGUGGCCAACCUAUAAUGGAAGUGAAAGAUGAUGUUUCUAAAAAGAGUAAACUUGUUGUAUAUGAGCCCAACUCAAAGAACUUCUCUGACCUUGAGAUUAGUGGAGUUUCUGAUGAAUUUUAUGUGAAUUCUUACGAGGAAACACUACUUUUGUUUGAUAGGUCUAUGAUUUGA